AUGGAGUACCCCUCAUGUGCCUCGGAACCCGUGGUAGAUCAGCGGCAGCAGCGGCCGCGGUCGCCUCAGCUGGGCUUCAGGUUCUUCUCCAAGGCACACAAGCGCUCCGACAGCCGCAUCAGUGCUGCUGCUGCUGCCGGUGGCGGUGGUGCUGGCAAUGGUAGCGACUGUGGUGCGGUUAACAGUAGUCAUAGAGUCACGAGUGACACUGCAAGCAGUCUGCUGCACAGGACCAGUAGCGACACUGUGGCAGAGCAUAGCAGGCAGACGGGCACCCCUCAGCCUGGUGGUGACUUGGUGGCCCUGGCUGUUGCCUGUGGAACCACCGUAGACACACGUAGCUGGAGGGAGCAGCAGCAGCAGCAGCAGCAGCAGCAGCAGCAGCGGCAGAUUCAGCAGGAGGUGGAGGCUAACACAGGACAGUCAUCCCCUUCCAAUCCACUGUCCCCUCUCAGCGAUGGCUCGUCUGACUGCUUCUAUACCUCACCUCCACAUGCGUUGGACCGGAGCGUGACGGAACCCUGUCAACACAAGUCAACAAUUUCACCAACCUCAGCCAUACAGGGCACGGACGCAGAAGCAGAGGGGGUUGAGGACGCUGAGGAGGGCGAGCGAGGGCAAGAGGAGGGGCCGGGGAAAGGUUUAGGGGCUGGGGUGGUGCGGCUGCAUUCAAAAAUCUCCAAGGCAGUGGACAAGAGAAUGUCCGCUCGCGGGGGUGAAGCGGGAUUCACGUUCAUGAGAGGCUUGAAUGGGCGGCGCAGAGACAGAAAAGGAGGCUCUGGCGCUUCCCCUUUGGAUCUGGGCAGAGGAGAAGGCGAGGGAGGAGUAGUUGGAGCAGGAGUAGGAGGAGGAGCAGGAGUAGGAGGAGGAGCAGGAGGGGGAGGAGGGGGAGGGGGAGGAGGAGGAGCAGGGGGGCUGCGAUUCCUUCCGCCUGGCAUGGCCCGGAAUUACAGUGUCCCGAUCGCCGCUGGUGAAUCCGCACGCCCUCCCAAGCUGGAUAAGGUUGUCUACGGCCCACCUGUGCGUGUCCCAGUCGAUCCCAGCCGUCCAAUCGCCCUGUCGAUCCGUCCACGCCCUCGAUCUGGGACCCUGCCCCAAGGGAUCCCCCAUGGCAGCCGAACAUGCCUGCUAGUUACCCUAGAUUCUUCCAUUUUCCUGGUUACAGAUGAUGGGAUCAGGGUGUGGGAUAUCCAACACGUGAUGACUGCACAGGGGGCCUCGGGACUAGGAAACCCAAGAGGGGAUGAAGAGGCAGCUGCGUUCUUCUGGGUGCCAUUCGGGGCAGGUGUAUCUGCAGCCAAGAGCAUUGCAGCGGAUGUUAAGGGACGGAUGGUUUUCACGGGGCACAGGGAUGGAAGGGUGCUGGUGUGGAGGGUGCGGGAGAGGGGAGCAGAGAGAGAGGGUGCUGCGGCAGGGGGCGAAGGAGCAGCACAGGGUAAUAGCUGUGCGGGUGAGCGAGGAGGACGAGCGGAGGAAAGAGGAGGAUGGGGGGUGAAGGGUAGAGGGGGAGCAUCGAUGGGCAGGGACGACAUGGGCGUUGGGGGAGGGGAGAAGGAGCCAGGGUGGAAGGUAUGGGCGGAGCUGGUGGCAGAGUGGCAGGCGCACACCACCACUGUGACAGCCCUGGUAGUCACUUCAUAUGGUGAGCUCUGGUCUGCUGGGGACAGGGGCGUGAUUAAGGCGUGGCCCUGGCCCAGCCUAUGCAGCGAGCUCUCCCGAGCCUCAUCCUCGCUCAGCCAAUUGGCCACGCCGACACCCACUGUUCCUCUCAGCAGCACUGCUCCCCUUCGUGCUCCGUGUGUGAUAUGCCCUGCCUCCGUGCCUGUGCUCCUGCACGCGCCCUCAUCUGCCUCGUCUAACGGCCAGCUGCCACGGAACCGAGUUGCAGUGGCGUCUGCUUCAGCUUCUGCUACUGCUGAUGGUGACACCGGCGGGGAUGAUUUGAGAGCAGCUGGUGGGACAGGACGGAAUGCUCCUGUCAAUGCAACAGAGAGCAGCGGGAGUGACAAUGGGAGUGUAGCUGCUGCAACGGGAAGCAGUGGUGGGGGGGGCAGUGGCAGCAGCGCUGCUGCUGGGACUGGGGGUGAGGGCGAGGGAGGCAGUGGGGGUGUGGUGUAUGGAGUGACGUCUGUGCGGCGACUCGUGUCAGACCCGGCAACGGGGCAGGUGUGGAGCAUUGGAGCUGCUUCCAUCUCCAUCUGGGAUGCGAGGAAGCGAGCGCUGGUGUGUCAUGUGAAGGUGAAGGACGAGGAGAGGGCAGCUGCGGAUACCUCCUCUGGCGCUGUUGCCUCUGGGGCCAGCAGCGCUACAGCCGCUACAUCCGCUACAGCCAGCAGCGCCACAGCUCCUGCCAACAGUGCUACUGGCGCUGCUAGUGCCACGAAUGGUGGUGGUGCCUCUAUCGCUUCUAGUGUAUCUAUUGGUUCAGCCCCCACUGCCAGCAGCAUUGGUGAAGCGCCAGUGUUGGCAGCAGCGCCACCACCGGGUGACGACGAACCCUUGUCUUCCACCUCCUCCUCCUCUGCCUCCUCCUACUCCUCCUCCUCCUCCCGCCCCCCCAAGCGCAAGCUCCACGCGGUCGCGCCAGCUGGCGACGGCACGGUGUGGAUCGGGCACGGGUCGGGCAUGCUGAGGCACUACGACUGGGCGGGCGGCAAACUGCAAGAGGUGGUGAUGGAGGGCGGCGUGUGUUGUCUCUGUGUGGUGGGGCUGCGGCUAUGGGUGGGCACGGCAGAUGGAAGCAUCACAGUGCUGCAUGUACGCACAGGGAGGCAGAUCGGGGCAUGGCAGGCUCACUCUCACCCACCAUGCUCCAAAGCAGCAGCCAAGGCCGCACGAGCAGCAGCAUCAGCAGCAGCAGCAGGAGCAGCAGCAGCAUCCCCUUCCUGGUCCACUGGAAUGACAUCAGAUCCGCCCAACCCUUCGGAUGACACAACCCUCUCCUCCCAGGCCUCAACAGCGGCAGCGGCUGCAGCGGCGACACCAGCAGCGAUCCGACAGCUGGCACGGUGCAGCAGCUUCAUAGUGUGUGUGUCCCGCACAGGGCAGGUGAGUGCAUGGCUAGCCGCCAUUCCAGGCCCCGUGGACCCGGCACUACGUGCCACCCUCUCCUCCUCCUCCGCCCUCUUCACCUCCCGGCAGAGAUUCCGCCUGGCUGCCUGCACGUGGAACGUCGGGGAGGAGAGAGCGGUGCAGAGGAGUGUGGAGGCGUGGCUGGGGGAGGUGGCAGGAGACAGGCUCGAGGGCGAGGAGGCAGCAGAGGGAGCAGACUGGGCGGAUGGGACGGGCAUGGGGAAUGGGGUUGGGGGAGCAGCGGAUGUGGGGAAUGGGGUAGGAGGGGGAGGAGCGGAUAUAGUAGCAGUGGGGUUGCAGGAGGUGGAGAUGAAUGCGGGGGCGAUAGCCAUAGCAGCGGCCAAGGAGUCAGUGCGUCUGGGGCUACAGGAGCGCGGGUCGGCGCUGGGGGCCCACUGGGUGGCGACGAUCGGCGCUGCUCUGGCGUCCCGAGGGGCGUUUGUGCGGAUUGUUUCGAGGCAGAUGGCGGGGAUUCUCAUCACCGUGUGGGCAAGGGCGUCAUUUGCCCAUCUCAUUCGGGAUGUGGAGGUGGGGGCUGUGCCUCGGGGGUUUGGCCGCACAUUGGGCAACAAGGGAGCGGUGGCGGUGCGCAUGAGUGUGUGUGGGCGCAGCAUGGCUCUCCUCAGCUGCCAUCUCGCGGCCCACAUGGAGGGCGUGGCGAAGCGCAACGAGGAAUGGCACCAACCCAUAACCCCCACCCACACCUUACCUGCCCUCCUCUCUUUCUCGCAGGGAGCAGUAGCAGUACGAAUGAGUGUGUGUGGGCGCAGUGUGGCAGUCCUCAGCUGCCAUCUCGCCGCCCACAUGGAGGGCGUGGCGAAGCGCAACGAAGACUGGCGCCGCAUCUACCGCCACCUCUCCUUCUACCGCCCCCAAACCACCCUCGCUGCAGCCUCCUCCGCUGCUAAAGCUGCUGGGGGCGGCUUGAAAGCUGGGCUGCAGUCAGCAGUGCAGGGCAUAGUGAAGGCUGCAGCAGGGGCUGCUGUGGGGGCAGCAGCAGCAGCCGCAGGAGCAGCAGGAGCAGUGGCAGGCGCAGCAGCAGGGGCAGCAGGAGCAGGGGGGAUGGGGGGCGCAGGAGGAGGGGGAGGAGCAGGAGGGGCAGCAGGGGCAGCAGCAGGAGCGGGAGGGGUGGGGCCGGGGAUAAGUCCAAAAAGGGGCGCGUUCGGGAGUGGGCGGCAAACUGUGGAGUCAGUGGGCGGGAAAUUUGAUUGGUCGGACGAUGCCACGUCAUGGAUGGACGACCUGGUCAUUGGCCGGGACGGGGAGGAGGUGAGAGCGGAGGGGAUAGGGGUGGGGAGCGGGAGGGGAGAGAGGAGGGAUAGGGGUGGGAAGAGGGGAGGGCGGCGAGAGAGUAGGGGAGAGAGAGGGGAGAGAGACUCUAGACUCCCCAUCUCUCCUGCAUUGGAGCUCGUGGACCUGGAGGACAUGAAGACGCCAGAGUUAGCAGAGACGGACCUCCUAGUGUGGAUGGGCGAUCUCAACUACCGGGUGGAGGGUGUGUCACACGAGCAUGCGCGGCACCAGGUGGCGGCACGCAACCUGCCUGCCCUGCUGGCGAGCGACCAACUGCUCAGAGAGAUGGCGGGCGGGCGUGCAUUCCGAGGCAUGGAGGAAGGGCUCAUUGCCUUUCCUCCCACCUACAAGUUCGACCGUGGGACCUCCGAUCCGCUGGCGUAUGACUCGGGGGAGAAACGCCGUGUGCCUGCUUGGUGCGACCGAGUGCUCUUCCGUGACAGCUUCACUCCAAGCCUGCCGCCCAUGCUGCCGCCCACUCUGGCGCCCAUCCUCGCGCCUUCUCUGCCUCUCUCUCUCUCCAUGCCUGCCGCCCCAAAUCACCACUCUCAGCCUCUUUCCACUCUCACCUCUCAGUCACUUAUCGCUUCACCAUCCGCGCUUCCUCCUUCUACAGCAGUAGCAGCAGCAACAGGCCCCGCAGCAGCAGAACCAUGCACUGCAGCAACACUGGCAACCACUGCACUGGUAGACGAAGAGGCAGGUGAUAAUGAUGAUGAGGUCAGCCCGACACUGGGUCAUGAUAGAGCAGCAGGGUUGGAUGGUAAGGAAGGCCCAGCAGGUAGCAGAACGAGUAAGGAUGAUGGGAAUGUCGGCUCCCAGGCACCUGUUGGUGCUUCUCCUGCUCCUUCUGCUGGUGCGUCCGCUCCUGCUGCUCCUGGUGCCGGUCUGACUGUGAGCUCGAGUGUGAGCGCACCUCAAAGAGCGACUGAGGAGCAGCAAGAGUGCACGCUGGCGCAGCCAGUGAAGGCCCAUGUGUUGCGCUAUGACGCGUGCAUGGAGGCCAUUCAGAGCGACCACAAGCCCGUCAGAUGCCUCUUAGACGUCUCCGUUGCUUCUGUUGAUCUGCCUGCUACAAGGUGCCUGCUCGGGCGGCUUCUUACUCUCAGCUCGCAGGUCCGGGCAGCGCUGCAAAAUUCGCACCACCUGCCCGACGUGCCAGCUGCCGGCACGUGUGUGGAUGUGGAUCCGUCGACCGGGCAGGCUUCGGUGAUUGUAAUGAAUCGUAACGAAAGUGACUCUAUGGGGUUCAUAGUGCAGUGUGAGGGGGAGACUGUUCUCCAGUCUGGAAGGAAAGAAGAAGAGGGAGCGAUUGGGGGAGGGAGGGAUGAGGGGAGUGAAGGAGGGAAGGGCGUGUUGGGAGGCACCAGCGGUGGCAGCGGGCGAGGGGAUCGGCAGAGGGGGCAGAUGGUGCGGGCAGGUGGUGGAUUCCCCCUCUGGCUCAAGGUGCUACCUGGGGCAGGCAUCCUCAUUGCUGGCGGCAGCAUGACCAUCAACUUCUGUGUGUCCACUUCCCAUGCUGCACCGCCUGGUUCUCCUGCUACCAGGGAACACAUAGAGAACACGAGGCACACAGAGAAGAGAGCACACACAGGGCACACAGGGCAGCAUGAGCAGCACAAUUCAGGCAGCGGUUUGUUGAUGCAGCCAGUGGAGCAGAAGCCCUUUAGAAGAGAGCCUGAUGGGGAGGAGGCGGAGGCAGGGCAGGAGCGGGUGUGUGAGCAGAAGGUGCAACGGCAGGUGGAAUCGGCAGGAGCAGGAGUGGGUGAGAGGGUUUUAAGCAUGUCCCUCACCACCUGGGGCCCUGCACCGGUCAGCACACACACGCACCGCUUCUCACUUCGCAUCCCGCCGUCCGUGCACCUCCUACAGGAGCACUUCGAGCCAACCUCCAGGGACAUGUAA